CAAAUUGGAUUUCCCUAAAUCCCUACCCUCAAUUUCACCUGAUUUCUGGCGUAAGUGCGCUAAUUACGGUUCGAAAGAUAUCCAGUGAGGGAAUAUGUUGCUUUAGCACAUCGUCAUUUUCUUCCCGGUGACUCCUGUGGCCUUUGAUUUCACGAUUUCCAAGGAACCCCUCGGACUUCCGCGUAGACCCCUUUAGUCGGUGGCCUAACCAUUUGAGCUCUCUACAUUCUCGGAAAAAUGGAUCUGUAUGGAGGGCUUAUAGCCCUUGCGGUUGCAAUCACUUCCUUCGUAAUAGUGUUCUUUAUGUCCACUACAUUAUUGAAAGAAAAAUCUUAUGAUGAAGUAAAAGCAGAACAGCAAAAACCUCCAAAAGAGAAGAAAGUCCUAAAGAAAACCACUCAAAAAAAAAUUGUCUUCAAGCCUAAAAAGAAACCACCAGCAAAGGAGCCGAAGAAAUCAAAAGAAUCUGGAUCGGAUGAAGUUGAUGCCAAGCCUCAUCACAAUAAUGCUCAUGUCGAAUUCAAGCCACCGGUAAUUGUUUUGCUGUCUGAUGAAGAGCCCGCUAAACCGAAACCAAAGGAAAAUAAGAAGAAGAAGGAGGCUGUGAAGCCUAUACUAGUCAACAAGAAUGAACCAAAGUUGAUCACUGACAAACCUCCAGCAAUUAACAACAAGUUUGAAAUGAUUCAUCCGAAAGAUGACCUAGAGCUGAAACGAUCCCAUAGUCGUGAAGAAAUUUUAAAUGACGCUGAAUCCAAGGAGAAAGAAAAGGAGAAAAAUGGUAAUCAAGGAAAGAAGAAACCCGAAAAGUCUCCCAAAGACAAGAAGCAAAGCGCUGGAAAUGAAUCUGACAAAGAACCCAAAGAAUCUCCAAAGCCCCAACGAGAGCCGAAAAAUGCUCCUGCCAAAGAGCCAAAGGCUAAUAAGAAAGCUGAUAGUGGCUCAGUGAACGAGAGUCAACCACCUAAAAUAACUGGAGCAAAUAACCCGACAUCGCCUUCACGCUACAAGAAGAAAAAAGCUGCUGCUGAGUUCUCGCAGUUGAUCAAUGGUCCUGACUUUGUUAACAUGAGUCUACUCAUGCAACUGAUAGGAAAAGCAGAACUUUCCCCAACGGAAACACAAAGUCUCAUCGAAACAUUACUCCAUAAACAAGCUCCUACUGAAACAUCUUCUGAAUGGUUACAGGGGAGGAAAGACCCGGUUGCCAAAUUAGAGAAGCAACUCGCUGAAAAAGAAAAAGCCCUGGCAGAGCAAAAUGAUGCAAUGGCAGCUCUUUCCAACAAACUUAAAGAACUCCGCACCGAGCUCAACUUGGAGAAACAUCAGGCUCGUCAGCAUGGAGAAAAUGCUCAGUCUUACCAGAAAAACAUCGAUGCCUUGACUUCGAGAUUGCAGCUUGCAUCGGAAGAGAAAAAUCAAAUGGCGUCUCAAAUUCAGCAGCUUCAAAAUAGUUUAAGCCGAUCCAUCGAUGAGAAGAAUGAUUUGCUCGCUCAACGGCAACAACUGGAACUGCACAUCGCUCACAUGAAUGAUCAGAAUCAACAAGCGAUGGUUGCAAUGGAAGUACAGCUUGGAGCGCAGCUGCAGGAAAGAGAUUCGCGCAUAUUGCAGAUUCAAGCUGAGUGUGACGAACACAUCCAAAACUGCGCUAUUCUCCAGGAGCAGCUAAAUCAAGAAUCUGUAGCUCAAGGCCAGACUCAACAGAUGAUGCGCCAGCUAGAAGAAGCACAAGCAGUCCAAGAAAAAUUAGAGCAUCACUUAAAUGGAGCUCAGUUUGAAGUUGUGCGACUGCAAAACGAGCUUAAAAAAGUGACCGAUGAGCUUAACCUUAAACUAGGAGAGUUGGAUGAGCUCAACAUGACCGCACAUACUUCUGUUCAAGAAGUACAGAGACUCCGCGAGGAAAAUGAACGUUUAUCGAAACAAGUGUUAGAAAGCACCGUUGAAGCAAGACAACUAAGGGAUGAAAACGAAUCACUAGCGGCUCAAGUUACAGCCAGUACGGAAAGGCCUGCAGCUGAAGGUCAUGAGAACCCUGACCUGGAGCACGAAAGCGAAUCCAGUAUUAGCAAAAUCUCCCAACAGUUGAAGGAGCGUGAAGAGUACAUCGAGAAGCUAGAAGAACAGUUGGAAAGCAAGAACAAGUCUCUCAACAAUUUGCAAAAUGAAAUUCAAACUUACCAAGCAGAAAUAAAAUCCUUAAAAGAAGAGUUACAGUCAAGGAUCAGCUCCAACAAAGAUCAAAGUUCAGAAGUCGACAAGUUGAUGAAAAAAACCGAACAAUUAAGUCAAGAAAUCAAUGCCGAGAAAAAUAAAGCUCAGGCAAUAGCUGAAUCCACCAAACUUGCCGAACAAAAAUCGUUACGAGAAUUUCUUCAAGCAUUAUAUCCUAGCUAUAGCUCAAAUGACACCUCUGACCAUAGUGAAUGGUUGAACAAACUUAAAGUUCACGUCAAAAGUUCUUACAAGUUAGUGAACAACAAUAAUAAGCAAUUCAGCAGUCAGACGUCAGAGGAUACAUCAACCGUGCUAAGUGAGCUAGAAAAACAAAAUAAUCAACUUAGAGGAAUGGUCACGCAUUAUAAAACCAUUAUUGGUGAUACUGAAGGGAUGUUGAAUCAGCUUCAGCUCCAUGUAGAGCAAGAAGAAAUCAAAUGGCGACAACAGAUCAAGUCGCUGGAGACUCAACUGCAACAGUAUCAAGAUGGGUCGCAAGAUGGCGAUAGUGAUAGCAAUAAAAAAGUAUUAGCAAAUAAUGAUAGUGCAGUAUUACAGAAUGGCUCUGACUGAAACUAGAAAAGAAAAUUCUAUCGGAAGAUUUCGAGAGUUCCCGUUAAAGUAAUUCCCUUCUAGGUGACGGUAAUUCUGAUUUAUUUUUAAUGUUUAAAUGUUACUUGUUAUACAAAUUUAUAUUUAUAUUCCUAAUAUAUUUUUAUUACUGUUUCAAAUGAUUGUACAUAGCAAGAGAGGUGUUGUCAACACACUCACAUUUAUUUUUUACGUUGUACGUUUUGUGCGUUGCAAUUUAUCAUGAAAGAAUGCUCAGUCGUCUUGCAUUUAGUCUCCUUAGCGGUAAACAGUGAACAAUAGCUACAAUUUUUCUAGCAUUUUUAUUCACUUUAGUAAUUUCUCUCUUCCAAAGUAGGCUAGAUUUCCUAGCAUUGUUAUUAUUUUAAUUGCAGUGCUCACCCAGCAGAUAUUAUAUAAAAUUUUGACUUGGCAAGCAAAGUCACCUCUUCAAAAAAAGUUUUUUGGCCAGAGGAUUACAGUUCUUUCUACAAUCUGCCGUAGCUUAAAGGAGGAGGUAAAAUGGAUUUAAAUACUUGAAAGGCAAUGAGGCAGUUCUUGACAGGACAGUUGUCAGCAGGAUUUUCGCGUUGCCUCUCAUAGAUUUUGACCCUAAUUUUACUCACUUAUUUGAAGUGGAACAAGCUGUAGAAAUUUUAUCAGUGUUAUUUUCUACUUGUUCCUGUAUGGUAUUUGCCUUUUGUUAUGCCUAGUCUCCAAGGGAUGCAACAGUUUGCACUAGAUGCAAUACAGAGUUUUGCAACUCAAAGGUUGAAAUUUGCUCAUCUUUUUUGUUAACUUCUUGUGAUCUUCUCAGUGACAAUGAAUUAUGAGCUCCACCAUGAUUAAAAUGAUUGUGUAAAAGCAAACCAGUUUAAACUUUGCCCUGCGGCAAAGGCAAGCUGUUGUAUCAGUUGGAAAAAGGCUUUGAAGCUCUCUCAUCUACUACUUUCUUAUCUCCAGGUUCAAGUAGAUAGCGUAUGCAACCAAGCAAUCAGCAACUGAGCACUCACGUACACAUUAAAGUAAUGACUCAGUUUUAAGUGCUUGCUUGGUCACAUACUUUUUUUCUGAUCCUUACAAAGCUGAGCCGGUAUUUCUGUGUCUACUCUAUUUUUAACUAUCCUAGUAAUUAAGCAUUAUUUAUGUUUGUUGAACCCAAUUUUUACGCUGGGUUGUAAUCAGUGUCAUUUUUACGAUUUGCACUUGAAAAAUCGCUCUUUCUUCUCUAUGUUGUCUCUCUGUUCUUUAUGUUCUUGCAAAGUACAAAAAAGUAUGAAAAGAGCUAGAGAUUUGUUUGUCAGUAAGAUACGCUGCUGAAAGUGUCAAAUCCAUUUAAUUCGAAAAGUUACUCUGCACUUGAGACAAAGUGGCAUACUAUCUCGUGGUUAUCAACAAAGAAACAUAACUUAUGGAGCAAAAGAGUGACUUGUUGCCACACUUCCUCUCCUUCAUUUAAAAAAAAAUUGUGAAGAAAGAGCUCACAUAAACCAAUCAACUCUCUACUUUUUUACUGCGGAUGAUGGUACAUCUCUAAGCUAAUUCUUCAGAAUUUAGCGUGUUCAGUAAAAAGCUCCACGCUUGAUAACAAAUUCCAAAAUUUGAAAAAUGUUUCUCAUUACUUCCUAGGGGACAACAGUACUACAAAACUACACGACUCUUGGUGCUUGAAAAGAAUUAUGUUCUUUUCUGUAUUACUUUAGGUUUUGAAAUUUUAGUGUUAUAGUGAAUUAAUUGGCUGGUUUUUUAGGCGGUUUAAUGGAAUUCAAUUUGAAAUUAAAUUAAUUGAAUUGGAAUAUAUUACGUAAAUAAUGUAUAGUGUUAUCCUCAACGAAUAAUUUUUCUUAAAAUUAAAUUCAUGUAUUCUACUUUUUCUGUAAGGGCAAAGAAGAGUGAAAACGGGUUAGAAAACAGCGGACUUGAUCAGAGUAUGCUGUGUUUUAUCUAAUGAUUAAUUAUUUUUUCCCUUUAAAGAUCUUAGCCAUGAAGCCUGGAGAAUGGGUAUGUGAGUUGAAAACUUGGGGUAGAUUAAUUAAUUAUCACAUGCCUCAGAUUUUAAAAGUAGCCAAGCAUUCACUGCCCCUUUUUUAUACAUUUUAAAUAUCAUCUGUCACUAAAUUUAUUCUAGUAGUCAAGUCAGUUUCAGCACAGGGAAGUAAGAGCUAGCAUAUUUCCUUAUCUUUGAUGGAAAUUUCACUUCAUGUGUGAUUCAAGAAAUCAAUUUCUUCAAUGGUAAAUAUGUAGUGCCAUUUUUUUUUCUUCUUUCUUUUCCUUUGUCAUUGCUUUUCACUCCAUAACUCAUUUCUGAGGGCAAAUCCUCUUUUUAAAUAGAAAACAAUCAUGAAAACACUUGUUGAAAGUUUUAUGUCAUGAAAAUUACAUGAGCGUUGAAGCCUUCGUUGGUGGAAGAAAAGGCGUGUAUGAAUUUUGUAAUUUAGAGAAAACUGAGUUGAAAAUCUCAGAAAAAAAGUGCAGAUCUACCCUGUGUCUUUAGCCUCUUAAAAAAAUUGAAUCGGCAUUGCAGAACUUAGUCUUAAGGUUUUGAGGUCAAUUUUUUGUUAUGUUUACUUUAGAACAGUUUUGUUUGUAAUCAUCUGUAUCCCAAAAACUUAUUUUCCUUCCUCCGUUCGCUUGUGGUUUCAAUAGCAAUGAAGGGAGUAAACAAAAACAAAAACCACGGAGCAACUACUUCUGAUCGCAGAUUGAUAUAAUGAGACUUAGCUGUACUUAACAGGGUUUAGCAAAUGGGUCAAUCAAGCGUAACUCACUCAAUUUUACUCGAAGGAGAUAUAUAUUAUCACACAUGUUUAACUAUCUAAUUUUUAAAUUGGAUUCAUCGUAAGACUCAGGCGGUAAAGCUCUACAUUACUGCAACAUUGUGGAAGUAUAUUUUCAAUUUCAAGUAUGCUAUCUCUUUGGAUAUUAAGUCCACAAUUUAUCUUGCUUGUAUUCCUCACACAUGCAUAUUGUAGAAAUUAUCAUGCGCACAAAAUUUACCUUUAUUCAUGUUCUAGCCAAAAAAACACGGAAGUGAAGUUCUUGAAACUGUUAAAACUUUUUCUAAUCCAUUAAAAACUGUAAUCCAUGAAUUUUGUGUUGUUCCUGGGACAUGUUCUAGGGCCGAUCAUGAAAUACAUCACUCUGAAUUUUGGAAUAAAGAUCCCUCUCUCUCCCGUCAUGCGGGUCUGAACAACCCACUCUAAAUCAUUGAGUCUUGCUUUGCUCGAUAUCUCUCCCCCUGUUCUGAUGAAAGACAGCAUUUUUGUCAAUAUUUUGACCAAAACCAUCAAACAUUUGUGCAACAAUCUGGAUUCCUCUUCCUUUCCCCCCGAUUUUCAAGUGACAUCACACAGUGCUGGAUCCCUCCCUUACUCACGUAAUGUCGCUGUUAUGCAGGAUUGUUCUGUUCCCACUCUCUCCCAUGCACACUCUUGGCCCCGUUUGACUUCGAACAAUGGUUAAUGAUUUGUGAUUCAUCGGUUGUGUCGUCAUAACAAUUCAAAUCAUUCAAUGUUUUUACUGAAUUCACAUCUUGAAGUUGUACAUCUCUCGAUCAAAACUCGUUUUUUGUUGAAAAGUACAUCAGCCCUCUUAUAAUACCCCUAUCUGUCAGGUUUCCCAGCAGUCAGGAUUACAUUCCCAUUACUAAUGGUUAAUCGAUGUUCUACUCUCAUUCAACUCAAUUUUUCAUUUUUCGUUUGUUUGGUCUUUUAAAAAUGUUGCGUGAUAAAAAUGAGCUUUUUACACUUGAGUUGAGGUUUUAUCAUGUAUCAAGAACUGUCCAUAGAACUAAUUCAAUCUUAUAAUGUUGCAAUUUUUUUUCUCUUAAAAUGAUAAAGCGCUAGAAUAUCAUUGAAAUUAUCAAUGCUGAUGCAUGAAGCAUCUUUUGUGAGCUUCUGUAUUUUUUAUUAUGUUUAUUCGUCAACUCAAGGAGAAAAAAUUGAGAAAAAGGAAAGUGCUGUCUCACUAUCAUAGGCAGUUUUGAAAACAAUCACACAUUUUAAAGUUAACGACUUGAAAAGUAGCUGCUGGGGGCAAUUUUAAUGAUUAGCGUGGAGUAUAACUUAAAGGAUAAAGCGUAAAUACAUUGUCCUAAUCAAAGGUCCUGAGCUCGUUAAAGUCAGUUAAUUCUUAAACAAUAGAUCAAACUGCUCACCUAACUUAGCCCAUGAGCUGCCACUUUUUAAAUCGUAUACUAUAUCUCCGCUCUGUAUGCAGUAAGUUAAGUUAAAUAUGUACUUUCUUUUAUAUUGUCAUUCAUGUUCGCUGUUGGCAUCACUCAACUGUACCGAGGUGUCUGUAAAUCCAACUGCAGAAUUUUGAUACUAAUCCUAGCCUAAUCCUAUCCCUUAUUCAGUUAUAUCUUGUGCCAUUUUUGUAACAAUUAUCUUGCUUUAUUGUGGAAAGUUCGCAGGGAAGAAUUUAGCUUGCUUCCAGGCCUUUAAUUUUAAUGGAAGAGUACGUGUUGAAGUUAUUUAGCACAUUUCUUCGCUCUCUCUCUGGUUUUAUGAACAUUGUAUUAUUGACCCUCGUAAUUUUUCACUCUCUCAAUUUGCCAUGCAUGGCAUUUUUACGAUUUAUUUCUGUAUCAGUUCCAGGCCUUUAACUUUAACGAAAGAGUAUUGGUUAAAGUCGUUUACCACAUUUCAUUGCUCUCUUUUUGGUUCCAUGUACAUUGUAUUAUUGACCCUUGUUAUUUUUCACUCCCUCAAUUUGCCAUGCAUGGUAUUUUUACAAUAUUUUUCUCUGUAAGUAUCUCUGUAUAUCAUUGAAAAUAUCCAUUCCUUCUGAGUUGCUGAAGAGUUCAAUGAAAAAUAUCCAUUUUGUGUCAGGCCAAGUGAAAAUUCUGAUUUUUUAUGUGUACCUGAGGUUGCUUUACGGUUCAUUUCAAAUAAAUACAUGAAUAAAGGAUGUUACAUACUAUCUAAUGCUAAAAAUAUAAAGAGAGUCAACCUGAAUUUUUCUCUGGUAAAAAUUGGGUUUUCAUCUUAGGAAAUGAUGUCUGCAAUUACUGCUUGCUCCCUCGACAACAAUGGGCCUGUUGCAAACUUUUGCUAGAGCAAAAAUAAGAGUUGUUACUCAUGGAGAGUGUCUCAAAAAUCACGAUGAGCGCAUCGGCAAAGUCUGAAAUGCACUCCUUACUUCACAAUUUUCGUAAGAAAUUUGCGUUUCUUCGAGCUUCCCGCUUCAAAAACGAUACCACGGCACAGAUGAACAUUUUGUUGGAGGAGUCAUUCCAUCCAACCCCUGCUCACAAGGAUACUACGCAAUAUUCAACAUAGCCGACGCCAAUAUCCGCCUAAAUACAUAAGACGGGACGAUGAUUCUCACCACCUGAUAACAAUCUGCGUGUUUACAUUCACAUUUUUCUUGUGUUGAUAGAUAUCCACCUUGAUAGACCUCGUGCUCUCCUCAACUUGCGCACGGAAGCGUCGGCCGUGUUGAACAGGGACUGAAUAGAACGACUCCUCCAACGAAAUGUUCACCUGUGCUAUAGUAUCCUUUUUGAAGCGGGAAUUUGAAAAAAACACAAAUUUCAUGCGGAGAUUCUGAAGUUAGGAGUGCAUUUCAGGGUUUCCCGAUGCGCUCAUUGUGAUUUUUGAGACACUAUCUGCAAGGAACAUCUCUUAUUUUUGCUCUAGCAAAAGUUUGCAACAGGCCCAUUAUUUUUAAUGCAAUUUACCACCUGAAAAUUACGUUUAACAAGCUUGCGUUUGUUUAUUCAUCCUGCAUUGUCACUAUCCUAAUUUCUGUAAUCUGAAGGGAAUCAUGUGGAAACAUUCAAAUCAUGGUUUGUCAAUGGAAAAUCUCCACCUACUUAAAUUCUACAGACGAGCUAAAAAUCGCUCUUCUUGUCAAUUUCCAAUGUUUCUAAUAAUUAUCAAUUUUCUCCCUCCCCCCUCCCUCAUUUAUCUAAUCUCCUCUCACCACAUGUGCUGUUUAUUUAUACGUCAAUGUUUCCUCAGUCAAAAUCUGGAGAAUCAUCUCAAGUUCCUGCUUGUAAAUACUGCCUGAACUGUCAUUAUUUUUAUUGUGUUAAAGUUUGUAAUGUCCCUGUAUUUUGUUACAACUAGCAUCGUUGAAUUAUUUUUAGCGCCAAUUUUCUCCCUGUAAUAUUAUUGUUGCAAUAUCUCUUUAUGUCAUUCAUUUUUUUUUGUUUUUAUCACCUCUGGCACCUCAUUGAUUUUUUUAAAACAAUCUACACUUUUCGUUGAGAGAAAAUUUAAAGUUAAUAGAAUUAUUAUACUUGAGGCGUUGGGCGCACAAGGACCACUUUUUGGAUGCAGUGUUACAGAAUAUCCACUGCCGAUUCGCAUGUUUGAAAGGAAACUUAUACACAAAUUUUUCGUUCAAAGCAUUGUAAAAUCACAAAGAUUAUUCAGUGGAAGUCUCAACAAAUCACACAUGUUUCACUCUUGAUAGAUGAAACGUAAGCAGAAAUUCUUAUACUUGUAACUAAAAAGUGCCCUUUCUGUGUUCCCAGCUCUUCAAUUUUGGAUUGUGUGAACAUUUGAAUUUUCCUAGCCAGAUCUUGGUUAGACACUCUCCUCUUUUUCAUCCAGCAAGAAUGAGUAAUACAUUUCCAUCAAUGGGUGCCUGAGGUGUUAUUAGUCUGGCUGAGGAAAUCUAAGCUCACCAUCUCUUAACUAAACUCAAAUGAUUUAAUGUAAUAUUAAUUUUAAAAUUUCACAUCCGAUCAGUAAGUGUAAAUAUCUCCUUCAAGGAAAAGUAAAUAACUUAGUCUAAUUUUUGAUGAUUGAACAAAAUGCCGAGUUCUAAGAAGCGCAGGUAGAAUCUGAAUGAUUUUAGCGUUCAGAAAACCCUGGAAAAGGAUACCUCUUGUGUUUGUCACUGAUUAUUAACAAACAUUGAUGUAAUUUUCUGGAUCCUUAAGCUGUUAGAAAUGUGUUCUGCCUUUUAAUAUUUUCCCUGCUGUAGCUUUCAUUUGUGCAAUUCGUAAUUUUUCUCUUGAUUAUCAGAGAAAUUUUCCAAUGUGAACUUGAUUCAGGAGACCUCAAAAAAGUCAGGAAACCUAGUAAAAAAUGAAAGUAGAUAAAACUAUCUCUAUUCUGGUUUCUUUCACUUCAUCUCUCAUUUAUUAAAUUUCUAAUGGCUCUCGAUAAUUCAAAACCAAAGGAGCAAGGAAAUGUUUCCGGAUAGAUAGUUCAAAACACUUUUGAGAUUCUAUGAUUACAGAUGAAAAUGCAAAAAAAAAAAAAAAAAAUCUGAAAUCCAUAUGCCACCAUUUUUUCAGAAUUCAUCAAAGCAUUUAUUGAUAUCUUAUCCAACAAUUCACCACAGGAUUUCAUCUCACAAGUAAUUUGUGUCAUUUAUCUCAUUUUUAUCAACACUCGUGCAAAAAAAUUAUCUGUAAUUUAAUUGAUACUUUUUCAAGAAAACAAGCAAAAGCUGCUACUUGAUUUGCAAAAUCAAGCAUUUCUUAAGAAACUAAUCAUUUCAAAGAAGUAUAUACUUAAUUGUUAAAGGGUCAAUGAUCGAAUUUAGAGAAAUAUUCACCCUCAACUGCAAAAUUCUCUGUGUGAUGCACUCAAUCUCUGUUCAACAAGCUCUACUUUAGUACAAGGGUGUCUACAGGUCAAGAAGACAUGGAGUCGUCUGGGAAUUUUAUGAGGUCAGGGAAAAAAUCAGGGAACUUCUCGAAAAAUUAUUGAGAAGUGUCAAAUACUUCGGAUCUCAAAACAACCUUGAGCUUUUCUUCCUUCCUGUUGCAUCUUAGUAAUUGAAUUAUUGAAAGUCAUUUUUGCAAUCGAUUCACGAUUAAUUCGCAAAUGGUCUUAGAGUUGGCCAUGCUUGUUAUCCUACUUAUCGCCCUAAUUUCAGACUUGAUGUAAAUAGUAAAUAAUUUAAGGAUUAUUAGAUGGAUGAAAUGAUGUUAUAAAGAAUCCUCGAGAAAAUCGGAAACAGUCACAUGCAAAAAAUAGAUUAUUUUAAUGAAAACUUGUUUACUCAAACCGUCCGGUAGUGAAGCUCUAAUAAACUUAUUUUUCUGUACUUAUCAA